AUGGACUCUGUUACCAAUUUCUUUUGGACUGACUCUAACAAGAACGACAGUACGGUAUCAAAGGAAUCAUCUGCCAUAUCAGACACACAACCCCAUAAACCUACAUCAAGUACUACUAAACAGAGUAUCAAAGUGAAUGACAUGACUCUAAGGAACCGAACUUCAGAUAAACAAAGCCCCACAGGUGCUAAUCCACACGCCCUUUCAUCAUCGGGAACAAUCCAAAAGAUGAUGACCGAUACAUUGAUUGAAAAGAUUGUUAAAAUGGCGUUGCCUCCAUCGUCAGAUUUAGCAAUCACUGUAAUUGAGGAUAGAAUGGAAGCUGGGAGAGAAAGGCCGAGUUUAUCAGUUCCAAUUACAAGUAGAAAUUUUAUUGCAAUGAACUCAAGACUAAGUGUGCCAUUUAUUUUAAUUGAUGGAAUAAUCAAAAUAUUUAGUUGGACUAAUCCAUCGUACACACUCAGUAUCCUCGUUUUGUACACAUUCCUAAUAUUAAAACCUGUCCUAGUGCUAACCACAGUACCAUUGUUUUACCUGCUUUUUGGAAUUAUGGUACCACAAUACCUAUACCUCCAUAAACCGGAUCCAAAUGAGCUUUUAGAAAGAAAUCCCACACCUGCUCAAGGUCCACCCCUACGAAAGGUUGAAUUACCAAAACCUGUUCCAGAAUUGAGCCAGGAAUUUCUUUUGAAUCUAACAGAUUUACAGAACCAUAUGCUUCUAUACGUCCAACUAUAUGACGGAAUCAAUUCAAUUCUCUGCAAGUUUGCAUUUUUCAAAAAUGAACAAGUUUCAUCCUUUACAUUCGUUGUUAUAUUAAGCGUGGCUUUGUUUUUAUUUUUAUACGUUGAAGAGAUACUUCCCUUCAUUUCGCCAAAUAUCAAAAUAAUUCUAAUACUUUUAGCUUGGUCAUUCACUGUUCAAAUGCAUCCCUCACACAGGGAUGCAUUUCUAACUGGCCUUCAUUCAGAAGAAACACGAUUGAAAAUUCUAACUCUAUCUAACAAAUAUGAAUUAAUGAUCAAUGAAUACUUGAAAUUCGUGGAGGCAAGAGAACAUAAAUUUGUUUAUGUAUACGAGAUACAGAAGUACAGAGAAAAACAUAAAGAAUGGCAUCCUGUGGGCUAUACAACCGAUGAUUAUUCGCUGCUGUCAAACCUCAGAGUAAAAGAAUCAAAAAUCGAGAAUUUCAUUGAAAAGGCCUUAGAUGAUAUUAAACCACCAAUUGAGUGGGAAUGGGCGAAAAACUCCAGUUGGGUGUUAGAUUUGAAUCCUGAAGAAUGGGUUAGAAAUGGUUUUAUCCAAUAUGUUGAAAUAGAUUCUGGUACCAAAUGGGUGUAUGAUAUUGAUUUAAACGGCAAAAGAGGUGAAUAUAGGAGAAGGAUGUGGACAAACGUUUGUACGAGAAAGAUCAAAAUUCAAUCAUUUACCCCAGGAACUCAUCAUGAUGGUGCCAGAGUUCAAGACAAAGAAAAUGUCCACGAACAUGUAAAUAGCUUCGGUAAUGAUUCCAAUACAAUUGUGGAAGAAGUUGUAAACCCCUUAAGAGAAAAGAAGAUGUACAGCCGUAAUAUUCAAGGUGUUGCAAGAGGCUCUUUAGCAGGUGCCACGCAUCUUGAGGAUGAUGACUUGCAUACCCAUGAAGGGAAUAGAUCUAAACAAUCCUUAGAUGCCAUAAACGAAUCGUCUGCAAUUGACGAAGAUGAACAAUUGCUUGAUGCAAGCAAUUCAUUUGCUGCUUAUGGAAAUUUUGCUGAUGUAUUAAAUUCUUCACUAUGA